AUGGCCAUCUUUGACUCGGAGAAGCGCCCACGAGGCCUGCGUGUCCCAUCCCUUACAGCAAUGAAGUCCUCCGCUGCAGCCAAGUCGCAGUUCUCGUUCCACAGCAAGAAAUCCACGGAAUCCGUGCCAUCCGACGAGUCCACUGUGAAGCCAACCCCACCACCAAAGCCAGCACCACCACCCACCAAGGAGCUCCCCAUUCCCCCUCAGGACCUACCCGCGAUCCCUGCCCCCUCCCAACUCAAUGAAAACCCAUACUUCCCAUCCAUCCGCGAUGUGCCGGAGCGGCGCCCAAUUCAACGGGUCCCUGUCCCUGCACCGGCGCCAGUGCCAGCACCAGCCCCUGCAACAGCUCCCGCAAAGGCCCCCGCGCCUCGCGCAACCGGACUGCGCAGCAAGGUCUCGCAACCUGAUCUACGCAUCCAAGAGCCUUCCCCGCCAAUGUCACCACCCCCCGCGCUUCAGCACCAGGAUGAGCCCCAAUCGCGCGCGCCCGAGAUCCAGGACGAACCCAGUCCCCAGCCCGAAGACUUCAUUCCCACACCCGAUAGCGCCGAGCCGUUGGAUGUCCCAUCUGCGCGCUCAGAGGCCCCCUCCCCCUUCGUCGCGCCGGAUGUGGAGCCUGUCGCACCGACCCUGAACAAGAUCCACUUGACCUGUUAUCAGGAGCAUCGCGCAAUGCCGGUUGCGCAAAACGUGUGGUGUCCAAUGCCUUGCAUGACAUGCAACAAAUUUGACACUGAGAUCAGACACCGCUGUGUGUUUUGCUGCUUGCGCGUUUGCGAAGGGUGCUAUCAGACCUUGCAGAAGUGCAAGAAUCGAUCUGUGGAGGAGUUGGUUGAUCGCAUUGCGUGA